AUGUCUUUCGAAUCCGUCAUGCCGCCGUACAACGCCUCGGACCCCAGCGCCAACUUCCUCAGCGCCUCGUGCCUCGACUUCCUCCUCAUCGAGAUCGUGCCUCUGGCCUACCGCGUCACCAACCAGCUCGAGUUCGCUGCGCUAGAGGACGCCGCCGCCGCCAGCAACUCGGCGAACCCGUCUGCGGUUGCUGCUGCUGGGGCGACAACAACGGUUGCGACGACGUCUGCGGCCGGAGGAACAGCGGCCGGCAGCAGGAGGGCCAUGGACGAGGAGGAAGAGCGAGAGGCCGUGUUCUACAGGCUAGACACUAUCGGGUACCGCGUCGGCCAGGGGCUGGUGGAGCGUUUCUCGCGAGACCGGCCACGGUUCAACGACACGCUGGACGUCAUCAAGUUCCUGUGCAAAGACCUGUGGACGCUGGUGUUCAGGAAACAGGUCGACAAUCUGAAGACGAAUCACCGGGGCGUCUAUGUCUUGACAGACAACAACUUCCGCCCGUUUGCGCGCAUGAGCGCAGAGGCCGGCGGCCAGGCGGUGGUGCGCGCGCAACCUUUCCUCUGGUUCCCCUGCGGAAUCGUCCGCGGCGCGCUCGCAGCCAUGGGCAUCAACGCCACGGUGCAGGCCGAGUCGAGCGAGCUGCCCGCUGCCGUGUUCCAGAUCAAGACCAUCUCCACCAACAAGUCAUGA